AUGACUUUUUUCCCGCUGCAAACUAUAGCUGUCCAAAGGAAUAUAAAUUUGCAGCACACCUUAAAUCUAUCUAUCUAUCUAUCUAUCUAUCUAUCUAUCUAUCUAUCUAUCUAUCUAUCUGUUAAUGGUGGUGGUAAUGGUAGUGAUGGUGUUGGUGGUGAUGGUAGUAAUGGUGGUAAUGGUGGUGGUAAUGGUAGUGAUGGUAGUCGUAAUGGUAGUGAUGGUGGUGGUGUUGGUGGUGAUAGUAGUAAUGGUGGUAAUGGUGGUGGUAAUGGUAGUGAUGGUGGUGGUGUUGGUGGUGAUGGUAGUAAUGGUGAUAAUAGUGGUUGUGGAGGUGAUUGUGAUGGUGAUAGUAGUGAUGGUGGUGGUGUUGGUAGUGAUGGUGUUGGUGGUGAUGGUAGUUAUAGAGGUGGUGAUGGUGGUGGUUUUGCUGCUGUAGUUUCCCAAAGGGCUGAGGGUAGUUUACAGGAGGCCUGCUCACGAGUGAAGACUAUGGCUUUUGGCAAAGUUGAUUCCACUAUCUAUCUAUCUAUCUAUCUAUCUAUCUAUCUAUCUCAGAUUGUUCGCAUCUAUCUAUCUAUCUAUCUAUCUAUCUAUCUAUCUAUCUAUCUGACUUUCACAGUCUGUUCAUAUCUAUCUAUCUAUCUAUCUAUCUAUCUAUCUAUCUAA